CUUCCUCCUCCCUCGCUCCCUCCACACACACACACACACACACUCUGAAAGCAGCGUUUCUACGGAGCUGGUGUGGUCGUGGCUGAACAUUUCCCAGAGAUUUAUACCUCGGAGAAGUUGAUUCAUCCGGAAAAAACCUCCCCACAGAGGGACUACUUUUCCUCCUGUUGCUACAUUUCUUAUUCUACGCGCGUCGGUUUUCUGGGCAUAAAGGCUCCAACACGAACACACACUCGGUGUUUUGAUACAUUUUACAACAUGGGAGAUACCAACGCAGACAGCACCGGGGCCAACUUUCUGCAGAAGCUGAAGGAUUACGUGAAAACACCGAAGGGAGUGAUCCUGGCGGCAGAAAUAGUCGUCAGCUUGAUCGUCAUCAUCUGCUUCGCGUCCUCAAACUAUGGAGGAUACUCCACGGUGGCCAUCUGCAAGAUGAUCUUCGCCAUCAUCUUCUUCGUCAUCUUCAUGAUGGAGAUCGACAAGCAGAUCCUCGUGAUCAACUGGGUCUGGACCGAUCUGUUACGUGCCGGUAUCGGAGCCGUGCUCUACAUCAUCGUCUCUCUGGUGUCUGUGAUUGGAGGAACCGGUGACGGCGCUCGAAUUGCAGGCGGGGUUUUCUGUCUGAUCGCGGGUCUGCUGUUUUCCUACGACACCUACACCAUCUUCCUGCACAUCAAGACCAUCAGGCAGCACACGGCAGCCUCCACCGAAGACAGAGUUUAAACCUCUGCCAGGAUUGAAGAGGACUGUGUGCAGAAUGGAGGCGUGGAUCAGAGAGGACGACGGACAGUGAAAAUCAAGAGGUCUCAGUUUAAUGCCGCUGUACGCUGUGGACGGUACUGAACAUCUGUGCCUGCACAUCAACCUUUACUCCAACCUCAAUAGAGUGGUGCAGAAAUUAGUUAGCAUUUUAGCACUCCCUGUUCCCUCGUCGCAAAGUCAAGGUUUUUUUUCUGUAUGUGUUUUUGUUAGAAGCCUAAAAUAAGGUAUGUGGUUUACAUAAAUAAAAGUAUUGAAUUGAACACAAGCUGAAGGGAUUUUAAAGAGGCCCUAUUAUGCUUUUAGGGGGUCUUCCCUCCCCCCCCCAAAAAACGCCUCCGUUGGACUCCUUUGUUUACUUCAGGAACAUUAUGACAUCACUGUGUAACACUCACGAUCCUAUUGGCUAGCGCUCAGACACAUUGUACGUGAUAGACUAAGGGGCGGGACAUCUCUAAGUGGUUGACCAAUCACAACAGAGUCAGCCAGCUAACCAAUCAGAGUAGACUGGGCUCUGGUUUCAGACAGAGGGUGAAAAGAGGUGCUGCAGCACAGGCAGUAUGAGACAAAUAAAGAGCUUUUUGAACAUUAAAACAUGGAGACAUGUCCCAGUAGAGGCACAAAAUAAGAAUCUAAGAAUUGGGCCCCUUUAAAGUUUUGUUGUACGACAUCAAAUACGUCAGUUAAUAGCCGCUGGUGAAUUAAAAAACAUGGUUGCUAAUACGUGUCUAAAUGAGAUUUAGCCUUAGCCGCCUUUAGCUUAGCGGUGGUGAUGAGAAGUCAUGUGACCGUGCUGUAUAACCUUUUUACUUCUGGAGAUUGCGUUUAAGUUUCAUCUAUUAAAAAAAGUAGAGUCAAUAUUUGGAGUUUAUCCUGCUGAACAAAACAUGUAAGAAUACUUUCUGCAAUAUUCCAAAAUCCAAUGGAAAAAUCCCAUUGACUUUGAGUCGAGGGAACCAGGGAGAUGCUGCCUUCAGGGUCAGACUACAAAAAUACGUCUUCACUGCACCACUUUAUGUACCUCUGAUUAAGAAAGGGAAACUGUACAUAAUAGGCAAUGGUUGUUUAAUACACAUGUCUACUGUUAAUGGACCGCUGUAGUAGUUUUACACAUGGAUGGGUAGUUUAGGUGUAACAUCGUAAUUCAGUGUUUCCAGUGGUUUGCUAAACACUGUUAUUUAAUCUUUGCUCUUUAGAGUGUGUACGGUGCCUUAAAGUCAAAUUAACCAGUUUCUUCUUCUUAUAUUCUUGAAGUGUCCUACAGUCAUUCAUCAGCAGUAUUCUGGCUGCACUAAUUCAGUAUCCGUUAACAACACGUUCCUCAUUUUAAGCACAGUGUCAUCCUCCACUUUGAUUUUUGCUCAGGUUGUUUUAUUUUCUUCCUUUUUUAAUGUGCAAAAUAGUUUUCUUUUGACAUUUUUUACAGUCCAGUAGUGAAAUAAACUUUCUUUUUGAAGAGGCACACAGAAAAAGGAACAAUAGGUAGAAUUUUCUGAUGUGAAUGUCACAGUUUUAAUACUCUCUGUAACCGUUUCCUCUUCCCUUUCGUGGUUAUUUAAGUAAAACAUUCCCUUGUUAUGAUUAUAAUUUUUUUUCUAACAUGCUUUACAAGAGUCUGCCGUUUGUCAUUUCUAAAUUCAAAGCAGCCUUGCUUUGGGAAAUAAAAGCCAUUGUUACUACAAAGAAAA